AUGCCAGGUGUGUCGCUGAUCUUACUGGGAAUUAUUACUCUCGUGGGCUACCGCAUAUACCAGCGCUCAAUCCGGACGAAUAGACUUCAACUGCCCCCGGGCCCCAAUCCGUACCCGAUUGUCGGGAAUAUCAAAGACUUCCCUCCAGAUGGCACCCCUGAACAUCAGCACUGGCUCCUGCACAAGGACCGCUAUGGGGGCAUUAGCUCCGUGACAGUCUUGGGCAUGACGCUCGUUAUAAUGCAUGACAAAAAGGCAGCGCAUGAACUAUUGGGGAAGACAUCGAACAAGACUUCCGGGCGACCAAGUAUGGUCAUGGCAAAUAAACUGUGUGGUUAUGAAUCGAUCGUCGUGUGCCAGGGUUACAACCCAACCUUCCGCCGCUGUCGCAAGCUCCUGCAUCAAGAGCUAGGCACCAAGGUGACCGCCGCAACAUUCAGUGAGUUACAGGAGGCUGAGGUCAGGCAACAGCUUGUACGAAUCCUGAAUGAGCCAGGAAAGUGGUUGGAGCAUUUCAAGACCACUGCUGGAGCAACUGUUUUGAAAAUGGCAUAUGGAUACACCAUUGGGUCUUCGAAGUCCGACCCUUUGGUAGACUUGACUGAGCAGAUGAUGGCCGAGUUCUCUCUUGCUGCUGUUCCCAUGGCCUGGGCGGUUGACAUUAUUCCUGCUCUGCGAUAUCUCCCGGAGGGUUUUCCUGGCGCAGGAUUCAAGAGUACAGCUCAAAAAUGGCGCAAGUCUAUUCAAGCAACAGCCUACAUACCGUAUAAGUUUGUGCAACAACAAAUGGCUUCCUCGGAAUUCAAGCCUUCAUAUGUCUCAAAGCUUGUUGAGAAUCUCAAGAGAGAGAACGGUGCUAGCGUGAGCGAAGAGGACGAGCAAGCUGUGAUUUGGACUGCUGCAAGCCUAUACGGUGCAGCUGCAGAUACUACGGUUAUCGUCCUGACAGUUUUCACGCUAGCCAUGACGAUGUUCCCGGAGGCACAGCGAAGGGCCCAGGAGGAGAUUGAUAGCGUUGUUGGCAGAAAUUGUCUCCCCAGUUUUGAACAUCGCAAUCGACUACCGUAUGUCAAUGCCUUGAUCAAAGAGACUCUGAGAUGGUGGCCUAUUGCGCCUAUGGGAUUUCCACACACGGCGACCGAGGAUAUUCAGUACAAUGGCAUGUGCAUUCCCAAGGAUGCAACCAUACUCCCCGCGGUCUGGUGGUUUUUGCACGAUCCGGAAGUGUAUCUUGAUCCAGAGUCAUUUGAUCCUGACCGAUUCCUCGAGCCACGCAAAGAGCCAGAUCCUGAGGCAGAACUGUUUGGCUAUGGUCGCCGAAUAUGUCCCGGUCGAUUCUUUGCAGACAACAGUAUUUACAUCAACAUUGUGAAUUCGCUGGCUGCUUUUAACAUCCACAAAGCCGCGGAUAGCUCUGGCAGAGAAAUUCAAGUCGACGCCAAGCCGAAACCAGGUCUCCUCACCUAUCCCACAGAGUUCGAUUUUCGAGUUGAGCCGAGAAGCGAGCAGCAUGUUCAGUUAAUCAGAAAAUUUGAGCGAGAGAAUCCCGUCGAUGCCAGUGACGGUGAUCUUUUAGAAAGUGUGGAUGAUUUCUAG